UUCGCUAACUUGAAACCAAUCUCAAAAUGAAAUUCGUCAUUGUUUUCUCCGCUCUCUUCGCUGUUGCCUUGAGCGCAGCUGUUUCACAGGACUCAGCUCACGCUGAAACCCUCCGUUAUGACAACGACAAUAUUGGAGUUGAAGGAUUCAAAUACGCUGUUGAGACCAGUGAUGGCAAGUCUGCUAGCGAACAAGGAGUCUUGAAGAACGUUGGUACCGAAAACGAAGCCAUCUCAGUUCAAGGUCAAUUCAGUUACAUCGGAACUGACGGUGUCACCUACACAGUCACCUACAUUGCUGAUGAGAACGGUUUCCAACCACAAGGUGCUCAUUUGCCAGUUGAACCAAAAUUGUAAGCUUUUC